GCUCCGUGGUGGGAUGGUGUGUUAAAGCCACACAGAGGAAGUUACGCAGCCCGGAUCAGACCGAGAGAUAAAAGCCGAUGGCGAUCGUGAGCGAUGGCAGGCGGAUUUAGCCUCGGCAUUAACUUGGAGCUGAGUGCGGGGGGGCGGUGAAGCGCCCCGCCAUCUGGCCCCAGCCGCGCAGGGGGAUGCCCCGGCGCCCCGAGGACCAGCCGCGAAGCCCACCCGGGCCGGGGGCAGCCGGGCACCCGAGCGCGGGUCCUCUCCGAGCCGCCCAGGGGGACCCAAAAGUUUGCACUUGUUAGCAGCGACCUCCCGCUCGGCCGGGGCGGGCGAUGCUGGCGGCGCGGGCGGCCCCCUCCCCCGGCCCGCGUCUCCGGGACGGCUGCGGGCGGCCCCCCCGGCGGCCGGAGGGCUCCCCAGCGCCACUCUGACGGCCACAGCGGGGCGGCCACCGCGGCGGCGGGAGCCGGGAGCGGCGCGGGAAGGAGCGCGGCCUGCAGCCCUCCGCCCUCGCCCCCACCCAGCGCCACCGAGGGGGAGGCGGCGCGCCGGAGGGUGGCGGUCCUCGGCCUCCGGGUCUCCGCGCCGGGCAGCCGCUCCGAGCUGAGCCGGGUGUUGUUGCUAAUGAGCUCUCCUUCCCUCUUCCCAUGAAAGGCAAGCCAGACCCUGAGUCCCCGCAUGGAUGGAGCUCAAGUCCCAGGAACUUCAUAAUAAGUUGCCAGUGGCUACCAGCCAAGGUCAGCCGGCCCCCGCUCGUGCCGGUCCCCACCAAGGCAGAGCCCAAUAAGCUGCUCCCCAGUUAACACCUCCGUCGCUUUUUUAUGUUCCAGUCUGGCCACACAAUCGUUGUCACUUUCAACUCACAUGAAAAGAAAUCUUUUUUAUGGGUCUGAGAUGCCAAGUCCAGUCCCGUAGAGGGACCGGGUUUCCAGCUCACCCGUCCGCCUCCUGAUUUCAUUUCAUCUUUACAACACAGGCCGGAGGGUGGUUUUGCGGGAGUGGUGAGCACAUCACACAUGAAGGGCCCUUUAAAGACCAGGACUGGCUGGAAGGACAGAAAUUAAAGGCACUCUGAUCCGGCCCCAUGCCAGCUCCCGCGGAGUGCCUCCCGAUCCCAUUUCCAUCCACUGUCACAACCGGAGAGUCUGCCUGAGUUGAUCAGGUUCCCCUGCGGGAGAGGGGGAAUGCCAAGGUCAGGAGGACUCCGAGUGAUGGGCCACCGUUUGAUCUGCCCAUCAGCAGUCUGAGAAACGCUGGCUCCGAGGUUUCCUCCCGGCCUUUGGGGAAAAGCAAGUUCCUCGCUGCUCCCCGGCAGCGCCGUUCCCUGGGACCUCCGCCUCCACCGCCUGGCAGAUGCGGCCCGUCCAUGCUGAGGCCUCGAGCCCCGCCUGACCCAGCCGCCGCCUCUCCAGGGCCCCUCUGGGCCGCACCCCCCGUACUGCACAGCCAUGCUGGGCCUGCUGGCUCUCCUCCUGCACUGCCUCCCGCUGGCCGCCGGGGACUAUGACAUCUGCAAAUCCUGGGUGACCUCGGAUGAGGGCCCCACCUGGGAGUUCUACGCCUGCCAGCCCAAGGUGAUGCGCCUGAAGGACUACGUCAAGGUGAAGGUGGAGCCCAAGGGCAUCACGUGCGGAGACCCCCCUGAGAGAUUCUGCUCCCACGAGAACCCCUACCUGUGCAGCAACGAGUGUGACGCCUCCAACCCGGACCUGGCCCACCCGCCGCGGCUCAUGUUUGACCGGGAGGACGAGGGGCUGGCCACGUACUGGCAGAGCGUCACGUGGAGCCGCUACCCCAGCCCGCUGGAGGCCAACAUCACGCUGUCCUGGAACAAGAGCGUGGAGCUGACGGACGACGUGGUGGUGACCUUCGAGUACGGCCGGCCCACCGUCAUGGUCCUGGAGAAGUCCCUGGACAACGGGCGCUCCUGGCAGCCCUGGCAGUUCUACGCGGAGGACUGCAUGGAGGCCUUCGGCAUGCCCGCCCGCCGGGCCCGCGACCUGGCGGCCUCGGGCGCGCACCGCGUGCUGUGCACCGAGGAGUACUCGCGCUGGGCCGGCGCCCAGAAGGAGAAGCAGGUGCGCUUCGAGGUGCGGGACCGCUUCGCCAUCUUCGCCGGCCCCGACCUGCGCAACAUGGACAACCUCUACGCUCGGCUGGAGAGCGCCAAGGGCCUCAAGGAUUUCUUCACCCUCACCGACCUGCGCAUGCGGCUGCUGCGCCCGGCGCUGGGCGGCACCUACGUGCAGCGCGAGAACCUCUACAAGUACUUCUACGCCAUCUCCAACGUCGAGGUCGUCGGCAGGUGCAAGUGUAACCUGCACGCCAACCUGUGCUCCGUGCGCGAGGGCAGCCUGCAGUGCGAGUGCGAGCACAACACCACGGGCCCCGACUGCGGCAAGUGCCGCAAGAACUUCCGCACGCGGUCCUGGCGGGCCGGCUCCUACCUGCCGCUGCCCCACGGCUCUCCCAACGCGUGUGCCGCUGCGGGCUCCGCUGUUGGCAACUGCGAGUGCUACGGCCACUCCAACCGCUGCAGUUACAUCGACUUCCUCAACGUGGUCACCUGCGUCAGCUGCAAACACAACACGCGGGGCCAGCACUGCCAGCACUGCCGCCUGGGCUUCUACCGCAACGGCUCCGCCGAGCUGGACGACGAGAACGUGUGCAUCGAGUGUAACUGCAACCAAAUCGGCUCCGUGCACGACCGGUGCAACGAGACCGGCUUCUGCGAGUGUCGCGAGGGCGCGGCCGGGCCCAAGUGCGACGACUGCCUCCCCACGCACUACUGGCGCCAGGGCUGCUACCCCAACGUGUGCGACGACGACCAGCUGUUCUGCCAGAACGGCGGCACCUGCCUGCAGAACCAGCGCUGCGCCUGCCCGCGCGGCUACACCGGCCUCCGCUGCGAGCAGCCCCGCUGCGACCCCGCCGACGACGACGGCGGCCUGGACUGCGACCGCGCGCCCGGGGCUGCGCCGCGCCCCGCCACCCUGCUCGGCUGCCUGCUGCUGGGGCUGGCCGCCCACCUGGGCUGCUGAGCCCCGAGGACCGCGGCGGCGAGAGGGGCCGGGGCCGGGCGGCGAGAAGGGUGCGGCCCCAGCUGCUCCCAGGUGCUACUCAGCAGAGUCCUCCGCCCACCUCCUGGCCGCCUCCGUGGCACCUGCCCCCGCCCCGGCGCUGCAGCAGGGGGCGCUGUGGGACACUGGCCCCAGUGGCCUCCGAUUUUGGUCUUAGUUUUUCUAUUUCCGGCCGCCCCUUUCCUUUUUUUAAUUUGUUUUUGCUGGCGGUGAGACAGGGGGUGGGGAGAAGCGCUGCUCACCCAGCACCCCCAGGUAAACACACACACACUCUCGACUGUUGCAGACACCCCUGCACCUGUCCCUGGCUGACCACCAGCCUCGGACCCUGAACUCCAGUUGCCUAUAAUUUCAGUCGCUGACUUGAUUCUCUUUUAUAUUCUUUCUUGGUUUUCCUUUGCAACCCCCAGACCCCAGGCUCGGGAGAGGCCUGGUGGCGGAGGAACACACCAUCUGGGGUGGGAGGUAGGAGGAGGGCUGGAAACUUUGUUUUGUAGAGAACUAUUUUUGUUUGUAAUAACCGUCCCCUAUGAGAAGGGACAGGAGCGACGCUGGUCACCACGGGGUGGUCAUCCUAUAUAAUAAAAGCCUAAUAUGCUAA